GGACAUUGCGCUUUGGUUGCCCUUGCGUCCGACCUGACAGCCACUUGCCUACGACAGCGGUUGUUUGGCCUGAAGAAGAAAGUGACUGACAAAUCAUGCACAUUAGUCUUUCCUUACAACUGCUGCUGCUCUAUGUCCUGGUGAGAGUGUCAGUGGCGACUGACUACUUUGUCAAGCCAACAGAUGAAGCCAACAACAGGUCAUGUCCUGGUCAACCAUGUCUUACACUUGCUCAAUACAUCAACAGCACCGAGUAUUAUUUCAAGUCCAACAACAACUCUAUAUUCUGGUUCUUGAGUGGAAAACAUAACAUAUCCUCUCCCGUUGUUAUAACAGGUGCACAUAAUGUAACUCUAGAAAGUUAUGAUGGGGAUAACUAUCAACAGCCACUAGUUGACUUCACCCAAGCCAAUUAUUGUGGGUGCACACUAAAUUUCCCAAUUUACAGUGUGUGUAGUGAGUGCUCUACCUUUCAGUUUAUCAAUGUGUCAACAAUCACUAUCAAUGGCCUAUCAGUCCAGGGAUCGCCUUACAAUGAAACAUCUUCAAUAAAUGGAAUCAGUUUUGAGAAGAGUGAAAAGAUUCUUGUUACAAAUGUGAAACUCAUUCAGACUGAUAAUUUUUGCAUUACCGCCAAACUUUGCACCGUUACAGGACUCUUUCUUUACCAUACCCUUUCCAGUUCAAUUAACAACUCAACAACCCUCAACGGUGCAGUUGUGUUACAAAAUACGGAAAACACGUCUCUCAACAACAUGACACUCAGUUACUCCCAGAUGUUUGCAAACAAUACGCUUAUUACGACUAUCUCCAAUACAACUGUAAUGAACUCCAUCAAUGCUGGCAUAUCGUCAAGAUCAGGAACUGACAUGAUACUUGAGCACGUGAGCAUAAGAAAUACAGAUGGUCACUGCAUAAGAAUAGAGUUUGGGCGCAAUACUACAAUACUUGGUGCCAAUGCAACACAUUGCAAAGAGAAUGGAAUUGAACUUCGAGGUGCAACAAACAACUUCAUUCGCAAUUCAUUUUUUGCCAACCUAGGCACUCCACUUCCUACAUCAGCUGCCAUAGGAUUGUUAAACACAUAUAAAACCAGUAUUCAAAACAUUACAGUACAUGUAGAUUACGCUAUAUACAGUAUUGUUUGUGUGCUCAGCAGGAACUGUCACAUAUCUGACAUUUACAUUAUUGGAUCUCAAUCACUGUUAGUCUUGGACUCAAAGUAUACAACUCUGCAGAACGUAACAGUGGUCAAUUCGAUCUCUGGUGUUGAGCUAUUCAACUCGGCCAAGAUACAAGUACUGAAUUCCACUAUUGCGAUCACCACCAUCAAUGACUCUACUAAUGCUGUGUCAAUAUCAUCGUCAUCUGAUGUAUUAUUACACAAUAUCACAAUCAAUUCUUCUGUUGUGAUUAGUGAUGCCACUGAUAUUUACAUCAAUUCCGUAACAAUAAUGGCCAUCAAAGUCAAAUUUGCGAUGUCAGUUUACAAGAGUAGUAAUAUUACGAUUGAAAAUUGUCGUUUUAUUGAACUUGGAAUUCCAGAAGGUGACAUAACUGCCCACCCAGCUGUUGUAUUUCUCUAUUACUCAACGGACAUACAUUUAAGUAACUGUGUUUUUGCCAAAAACAUUGUUUCGGCAGUGCAGGCCAUUGCUUCAAACCUUACUCUCUCUGGGUCUGUACUGUUUGCCAAUAACACGGCAGUACUGGGAGCAGCAAUGAUACUGCAGCAGAAGAGUGUACUGACAUUAGCGCAACAAGCUUCAGUGGUCUUUGUUGGUAAUCACGCUACGACUGUGGGCGGUGCCUUGUUUGUGGAGAGUGACACUUUUUAUUCUAACACUGACUCGGGAGCAAUAUACAUCAGCUCAGUAUGCAUGAUUGAGAUGGGGAGGGAAGGCGUAACAACCCUUGAGUUUAUCAACAACUCUGCUGGUAGUGGUGGUGAUGUGGUGUAU